CCAGUUACAAGUCUAUUGCGCUACUGCACUUUCUUAGUCCAAUUACGCUUUUCAUUAACUGAACGAUCAAUCUGCAAGUUGACUUUCUCCCGCCAUCAGUUUGUCUCCCUGCCGAGGCGCCGAGGCGCCUGUUUUUGUCUGCACGUGUUGAUGGGUCCGUGACGCUGAUCCUCAGCACUGGAAGGGUUGCAUAUAAUCUCAUCGAAAGCAUCUCAUAUCUAUUUAUCUCUUCUCCUCUUGAACGAUGGAACCACUACCUCCCCUCCCGAAGAUCAAUGGCGACUACAACAUCAUGCUCGAUGUUUACACGCAUCGUACCGCAAGACCCAAUGCAGGUGCAGAUGUAAUGGACGAAGAAUACGGCAAUACCGAGCGUCUGGCGGAGGUAGGCAAGAGAAUCCUCGACCUGGCCGUUAUACAUCAUUUCUUUUCCUUGAGGCCACAUCUUGCUGCAGAAGAAAUUACGAUUAGAAAAGACGAAACGCUCUCAGACGAUACCAUCGUACGAUGGACCGAAAGGUACGAUUUGAAGAAGAAAAUUCGAGCGUUUCCCCAUACUGUUUUGGAUGACCCGAAUGAACUCCGUGUUUUCUUCCACACCUUCAUUGGAGCACUGUACAUUCGCAAUGGAAUGACUGAAGUACAAGAUUGGAUCUCUCGCUUGAUAGAUCCCACCAGCGAGCCUGCAACUAUCAAUAGUCCACCACAACAAACACAGAGUCCUCCAACGCAACCCCCCCAGUCGGCGCUACCCCCUCCGCUCUCUUUCAAUCCAGCAAGUCCACCACCCAUGCAGGGCGUCAAUCCCUUUAUUACGCUGCAGCUUGUGAAUCAAACGGCAGCUCAGAAGGGAUAUGUCGUGACGUAUAAUGCGCAAAGUGAAGGGCCUGCCCACGCGCCUACAUGGACUGUCCAGUGCUUGUUAAGUGGUACUGUCGCUGGAACGGGGCGGGGUCGUAGCCAGAAACUGGCGAGGGAGGAGGCUGCCAAACAGGCAUGGAGUGCCUUGGGGGUUCAUUAGGCAUAGUGAGUCUUCUGGCUCGCGUAUAUAUACAUAUGCCUAGUCGUUGUUUACACAAUGGUAUGCUAAACGAUCGAUAAAUGUGAUGAAACUCGUGGAAUUGUU